AUGUCUGUCAAAUCGCACGAUGACUUGAGCGUGGCCGAAGCGGCCCCAGUGGCGGACUCGGAUGCUGCGGCCCUCGAGCUCAGGGUCGUCAGAAAACUGGACAGGAACUUCCUGUCACUUCUAUGGUUUCUCUUCCUUCUUGCUUUCUUGGAUCGCUCAAACAUUGGCAAUGCACGAGUCGCCGGGAUGGACAAGGACUUGUCGCUGAGCAGCGGCCAAUACCAGUGGCUCUUGACCAUAUUCUACAUCUUCUACAUCAUCGCUGAGCCGCUGACCUUUAUGUACAAAGUCAUAUCGCCUCGAACUUGGGUUCCCAUUCUUGUUCUGGGCUGGGGCAUCGCUGCUACUGCACAAGCCGCAACUCAGUCAUUUGCAGGCAUGAUGGUUUGCCGUGCAUUGCUGGCAACUUUUGAGGCUGGCUAUGGUCCCGGAACCAUCUACUUGCUUUCAUUCUUUUACCUUCGUCGGGAAAUCGGACUGCGCAUCGGUAUAUUCUUCUCCGCCGCACCGCUCGCCACCUGCUUUGCCGGCGCGUUGGCGUAUGCAAUCACUUCCGGUCAUUCUCACCUGGCCAAUUGGAGAUUACUCUUUCUCGUCGAAGGAAUACCGGUGUUGAUCAUGUCGGUGGUGACAUACUUUGCCAUGCCUAGCUCCCCGCAUGAUGCUUGGUUUCUUGAUGAAGAUGAAAAGAGAGUGGCGCUGGCGCGAGGGGUUCGGCAAGCAGGCAAGGGGCCUCGUGUGGGUAAAUUCAGCUGGGAACAGACUUUUUCGACUUUUCUUGAUUUGAAGGCUUGGUUAACGGCGGUCAUGUAUUUUUCGUGCAACGUUUCCUACGCGUCCCUGCCUGUGUUCCUGCCAACCAUUUUGGAGGACUUGGGAUACUCUGGGCUGGAUGCGCAAGGAUUGUCAGCUCCGCCGUAUUUCAUAUCUUUCCUUGUCACUAUUGCCUCCACGUUUAUUGCCGAUCGCACACAGCAAAGAGGAGUGACGGUCAUCACCCUGGCCCUCAUUGCCAGUGCAGGAUACAUUAUGCUUGCAGCGGCCAGCAGCAGUUCAGUGCGCUAUGGUGGAGUUUACCUUGCGGCAGUUGGUCUCUUUCCGACCAUUGCGAAUAUUUUGCCAUGGGUUCUGAGUAAUCAAGGCAACGAUGAGCGCCGUGGAGCCGGCAUCGUGCUGUUGAAUCUUGUCGGGCAAUGUGGUCCGCUACUGGGGACUCGCUUGUAUCCAAAGAGCGAGAGGCCUCAUUAUACAAAAGGCCACGCAAUCUGUGCUGCGUUUAUGGGGUUUACUGCACUCUUGGCAUUGUGUCUUCGGUUGUUACUGAUGUGGGAGAACCGCAAGUUGGCGGAAAAAUGUCCGACGGUCGAAGAUGCUGAGAAUGCAGAAGGUGAGGAGAAUUACGGGCCAUCUUUUCGCUAUGUACUCUAG